AUGAAUUUACGUGAACUACUUAUACCUGGUGUUUAUGAUUAUGACGUUGAACAACUGGCUGCUGUUCAACAACGUGCGAUCAAAAUAAGUAUUUCCGGUCAUGAUGCUGAUGUCCAAGCGCAGUCGGGUACAAAAAAAAUGAAAACGGUUGCUAUUCCGAGAUUACAACAACUCGAUGUUAAAGUUGUGGAUUAUCAAGUUUUAAUUUUAACACCCACUCAAAAGUCAGUUCAAGAACAUGGUAAUAUGAACCUAAUGGAGUGUCAUGCUGUUAUGAGAAAAUUUCGAACAGGUUAUAGUCCUAUUUUAAAUACAGCUGAUUCACCUACACCUAUCACUGAGGUACCACAAAUUAGUCUUAUCAUUAAUUAUGACUUACCCAGCAAACCUGAAAAUUAUAUUCAUCGGACGGCAAUUGAUGUCAAAGAUGAAGAAAUUCCAUUGACAAUGGCAAAUAAACAUUCCACAAUUGAUACACCUACCGCAUUAUUAAAUUUAUUAGGGGAAUUAAAAAGUAAACUUGGUAUAACAUUAACUCAUCGUCCUCGUUUAUCAUCAGUAUAUUUUAUUUAUUUAUGUGCUGUUCAUUUGUUAACUAUUUAUUUAUUAUUUAUUCGUCAUUGUUAA